AUGUGGCGUGUCCCCAUCGCCUUCGUCUUGCGACCAUCUUCGGGCCCGUCAGUCGGCGUCACGAGGCUUCGAUGCCACGUUGGGCCUCUUGUUGACCGUCAGCGUUUUUCAAGCGCGCGGCAAUUGCCGGUGCAGGAGGUCCGACUUGUCACGCACGUGCGCCCGCAAGCCUUCCGUCGCUGCUAUACUGAGCGAGACCAAGACGCCCAGUCGCGUUUGCUAUCUCAGGGCAACGAAGCGAUCAAGAUCACGCGCGUGGGCAUGUGCAUCAAUGUGGCCAUGGCAGCGACUAAGGGUGCUGUGGGUAUCGCCAUUCACUCGAGUGCAUUGGUCGCGGAUGCUGCCCACUCGCUGUCGGAUCUACUCUCGGACGUCGUGACGCUCUGGAGUGUCAAAGUCGCACGACUACCUCCUGAUCAGAAACACCCCUACGGCUAUGGAAAGUACGAAGCAGUGGGCUCGCUCUCUGUUGGUGCCAUUUUGGUCCUCUGUGGUGUCGGAAUCGGCGCCGAUGGACUUCAGGCAAUGCAGCAGAUCUGGAGUGGCGAUGUUGCAGCGACGUUACCGGAUUUCAACUUGCCGUAUCUCUCGGACUUGAAUCGAAGCACGCAAUGGGCUCUUGCAGCUGGAGCAGCGGGCUUGUCCAUUGCUGCAAAAGAAGCUUUGUUUCGAGUGACUGUAAGGAUUGGCCAGCAAGCAAAGAGCAAGGUGCUGAUUGCAAAUGCGUGGCACCAUCGCACGGAUGCCAUUUCUUCCGUUGUUGCGCUUGGCGGUAUCAUUGGCUCGAUGGCAGGACUGCCUCUCCUUGACCCAGUUGCUGGUAUGGCCGUUGCAGCGAUGAUUGUAAAGACUGGUGGUGAAAUCUGUCUGGACAGUGUGCAAGAGCUCACGGACAACACUGUCGAGUCGGAGGUGCUCGAAACGCUGAAAGAAGUGUCUGGCAGCGUCGAAGAUGUACUGCAUGUAUCGCAAGUUCGGGCUCGUCGAAUGGGGCCAUAUACGCUGGUGGACCUGCGCGUCCACCUUGAUGCGCGGACAAGCAUUUCAAUGGCUCAGCAGAUAUCAAAGCAAGUGCGAUCCCACAUCUUGAAAGAGGUGCCGGACGUAUCGGAAGUCCUGGUCCACCUCGACGUCCAGUUUGACCAGCUGAGCUUGUCGAAACGAGAGUCAAGCGACGUGAACAAGAAAGAUUUGCGUCCGUAUCGAGAGAUCAAGAACGAUAUCAGCUAUACACUGGCCACGAUCCCAGAGAUCACGGGGACAACCCACAUCAACACGCAUUGGAUACCGCAUCACGGACUGGUUGUCGAUGUUGCAAUUGUUGUCCAGCCUGAUUUGAAAGUCAAAGCAGUGCACGCCGUUGCAAAAAAAGCAAGGAAAUCGAUCGAAGGUAUCCCCUACAUUGCCGAGGCCGAUAUUCACCUCGAACUCCAAGACGACGAGUCGGACAGCGGGUCCUAA